ACUUUUGAGUGCUGGCGUUUUCGCAGCAAAACCAGUGAUGUUAAUCUUAUAACUAGAUAGCUUUUUGUAAAUUCAUCGUUUUUCGUUGCGCAAAAAGUCUAAAAAAUCAUAUUUAUCUUUGUUGAAGUGAAAUUAUCGAAAUAUAUUUGUGAUUUCCAUUAAAAUGCAUCUUGUUUCACUGUCUAAGUCGAAUCGGAUGGUGAGCGAUGGCGAGAAUACGGUGAUAGAUUUUUGGUGUUAAAAAUUGCUCUGUGUCAUUGCCAUAUAAGUUUUCCAAUAUUUAAGAGCAAAAAUAAUUCUUUUUUUCGACGUUAUCCGUGUUUUAAUUAUUUAAUCUUUGGCCAAAUUGACGAUUAUUGUGUGGAAAUUAAGUUGUCAUCGACUGACCGGCUGAUAUUACACGAGGCUUGUAUGUAUAUGUGACUUCUACCUUUUGCUAUUUGUGACACGCCUCAGAAAAUAAAUCCGAUUUUGUGAAUGAACUCGUUUUGUUUUGUUUUUGUGGUAAUAUAGUGAUAAAGAUAAUUUUAAAUUACGUAACUGUUGUGGAAUCAUAAAAGUGUAUAAAGGAUGGCCUGAGUGUGACCACUCCAUUACCGUCAUGAGUGACGAAGGAAUGUUUGUUUAGGCUUUAAUAUUUUGCUUCGACUUAACGAGUAGUACUCGUUCAUCUCGUUACAUUGGCUGGAUCAUGAAUCUAUCAUUUAAACAAGAUUUAAAUUGAUCAUUCUCGGCUUAUCGUCAUUACGGACUCUUUUAUAUUAGAAAAAUGUCUUCGGGAGCAUUUGUUGAUAGAAUUGACCCUUUCGCUAAGCGGUCUUUAAAGAAAAAGACCAAGAAAUCUCAAGGGUCUUCACGGUAUCGUAAUACGCAAGAUGUGGAGUUGCAGGCAUUGCCAUUCUUUAAAGAUGUUCCAAGUAGUGAACAAGAAGAACUAUUUAUCCGCAAGUUGCGUCAGUGUUGUGUUGCAUUUGACUUUAUGGACCCUGUAGCAGACUUGAAGGGGAAAGAGAUCAAGCGUGGUACAUUGAAUGAGCUUCUUGAGUAUAUAAAUGCUGGCCGCGGGGUGCUGACCGAACCAGUGUACCCAGAAAUUAUUAAAAUGAUAUCGGCGAACUUGUUCCGUACUCUACCACCAAGUGAUAAUCCUGACUUCGAUCCAGAGGAAGACGAUCCUACUCUGGAGGCUUCUUGGCCCCACCUUCAACUAGUCUACGAGUUCUUUUUGCGCUUCCUUGAAUCUACUGACUUUCAACCAACUAUUGGAAAGAAGGUCAUUGACCAGAAAUUUGUGUUGCAGCUAUUAGAUUUGUUCGACUCCGAAGACCCGCGUGAGCGUGAUUUUUUGAAAACUGUUCUCCACCGUAUCUACGGGAAGUUCUUGGGUCUGCGAGCUUUUAUACGAAAACAAAUCAACAAUAUAUUCCUGAGAUUCGUCUACGAAACGGAGCAUUUCAAUGGUGUGGGUGAACUUCUAGAAAUAUUGGGAAGCAUAAUAAACGGGUUCGCUCUGCCGCUGAAGAGCGAGCACAAACAGUUCCUGGUGAAGGUGCUGCUGCCGCUGCACAAGGUGAAGUGCCUGUCGCUGUACCACGCGCAGCUCGCGUACUGCGUGGUGCAGUUCAUCGAGAAGGACGCCACGCUCACGGAGCCGGUCGUGCGCGGCCUGCUCAAGUUCUGGCCGAAGACUUGUUCGCAGAAGGAGGUGAUGUUCCUGGGUGAGAUUGAAGAGAUUUUGGAUGUUAUCGAGCCAGCACAAUUCGUCAAAAUUCAAGAGCCGCUGUUUAGACAGAUAGCCAAAUGUGUGUCCAGUCCUCACUUUCAGGUUGCCGAAAGAGCAUUAUAUUUUUGGAACGACGAAUAUAUAUUGUCAUUGAUUGAAGAGAACAAUCAAGUUAUAAUGCCAAUAAUGUUCCCUGCGCUGUAUCGGAUGAGCAAGGAACAUUGGAACCCAACAAUAAUUACGUUUAUUUACAACGUGUUAAAAACGUUUAUGGAAAUGAAUUCCAAGCUUUUUGAUGAGCUCACUACUAACUACAAAGCGGAAAGGCAAAAAGAGAAGAAGCGCGAGAAGGAGCGCGACGAGCUGUGGAAGCGGCUGGGCGAGAUGGAGAUCAGCCACAAGCAGCAGCAGGCGGCCGUGGGCGCCGCGGUCGCCAAGUGAUGCCGACCCUCCCUCUGCUAGAUAAUGCGAUCACUUUUAUUUUCUCUUUAUAUUUUCUAUUCGAUUACGUUUUCGUUAAUGACCUUAUUAAUUUUUAUACCUCUAAGAACGGUCCGUUCGGGCGGAGCCGCCCCGCCGGUCGGGCGCCGGCGCACAGCGCGGCCCGCCGCCGGCCCGCUUCCGGCCCGCUUCCGGCCCGCUUCCGGCACGCUUCCGGCUCGCUCGGCUCCGCUCUCGUCGUCGUACUAGUAUUUUGUAUUCGUUCACGUAGGUCUCUAGAUUACUUUAGGAUUUUUAAUAUUGUUAAAUUGUUUAAAUAAGUUAAAAGUUGUAUGUAUUAUUGAUGCAUGAUCGAUUGUAUUGCAUUUCGGAUCGUCGAUUAUAAUUGUAUUAAUCGGGCACCCAGCUUUCGGCUGAAUAUGAUUGUACAAAAAUUAAAAAAAUAAAAAAUAGGAAAAAAUUCGAACACGUAAUUCGUAUAGUUGACGAGUUCCGGUGUGGGCGAGCCGACCGCUUGUGGAGAUGUGCGAAUAGAGCGUAGGGGCCGCGCCAUUAUUAAGGAAAUUAAAUUAUAUUAUUAAGGCUUGAUUAGAUUCGGAUCGUCCGUACCGGGACUCGGCCGUAGAUUGUUCUAUGAAUUUUUUGUUUUAUUAGAUGCUGAAUUCAAAAAUGUAAUUUUGUCGUACUAUCAUUUUGUAUAGAUACAUAGUGUAAAUAGGCAUUUAUUUAUUAUAAAUUUAUAGCAGUGUGAUUUUAUACAUAGCUGCGGGAGUGGGCCACGAUACACCGGUCGAUCGGAUCGGAGCGAACCGGAGACUAUUCAUGUAUCAUGCAUACAGCUCGGUAUCAACUAAAAAGUUAAUUUGAUCAUAUUGGAUUAGAACAAUGCUAUAGUAGAUAUAAUAAUUUGUAAGGGAAUAGUCAUUAAUUUGUAUGAUAUUGCUGUAGCCAUUAAUUUUUCUAUCGUCACUCGUAGAGCGCAUCGGCGCCUCUGUAUAUACGGUACGCGCCUAGCAGCCUAGCGAGCAACUGCGUAUGUAUGUAUGUAUGUACACUAUGGAGAUGUUUGUUAUGUAAAAUGUAUUAACAUUGCAAAAAUUAUAUGAUCUUAUAUAUAAAUUACUAUUAUAGUACACAGUAUGGAAAUAAAAAAGUUGACUCACAUAAAUUGAAUUCUUUAAGCAUGUAUGUGUAAUGGUAGACGCCACGCUUAUUCGCCUUCGUCCCGCCCCGACUGUAACUUCCACAAAGACUAACGUUUCUUAUAAUGUUUGUUUCGGUACGCGAAAUACACAAGAAAUUUUCACAUUA